GUUUAUCGACAAUCUUCAAACGGAACUUUUGCGUGUCGAGUUUGAUCAUUUUUCAACCGGCUAUUCCGAGAUCACUCCGUUUGACUUGGGCCUGUCAAUGUUGCGCUUUGUUCGACUUGACUCGACUGCUAAGAAAAAAGGUCUCCAGAAACUGAAAGACAAUCCAGAUUUGAUUGGAAAGAGCGUUUCAUUCGCAUCGUACAAAGCACUGUAUGAUUUUCUCUAUGUGGUCGAUGAUUUUUCGUCAGCGUUAAAGCUGUUUCGAAUCGCCAAGCAUAGCGUUUCUAAAGGUAAGUUCACUUUUAUACAGUACUUUCAAGUUAAAAGAAGGCACCGAGAAAUCCCGCAACUUCGUGUUCCGUUUUCUUUUGUCCGGCUUUCUGUGAUCCCUGCAAAUUUUCCCUGUACUUCACAUUCAGACGUUGACAGAUGGACCGGUAAAGGCUAUGCCCAAUGUAUAAUUUGA